AUGCUCGUCUCCCUCACCGUCGGCAAGGUCGACGCCGGCGUCACGGUUCUCUUGACGCCGGACAAACGGCUGAUCGAGUUCCCCUCCAUCCUGCUGCCCCCGAACAUUUCGUCUGGAAGCAUCGUCGACAUUGCCGUCUCCCAAAACACCGAAAAGGAAUCACUCGAAGAGCAAAAGUUCCGCGACCUACAGGACCGCAUAUUCCAGUCCUUUGGCGCCUCCGAGCCCGCCAGCCCCGUCCUCCGCUGUCGCAAUGCCACCCAGACAUCAGUUGUCCUCGAGUGGGACCCGAUUGAGCUCGCCACGGCCGAUUUGAUAUCCCUCAGCCUGUACCGCAACGGCCAAAAGGCCGGGAACAUCCCCCGACCGAUGCAGAUGCGCAGCACCAAAAUCAGUGGGCUCGCCGUCGACACCGAGUACACGUUCCACCUGGUGCUGAGAACCACUGCAGGGACACGUACGAGCGAGAAGGUGGCUGUGCGCACGCACAAGAUGACCGACUUGAGCGGCGUGACCAUCACCACCGGCAUUCUGCCUGGUGCUCUCAAGGAGAAUCUGAGCAAGGCCGUGGAGCGUAUUGGCGCCAAAAUCGUCGACGGGGUACGCAUCGACACCACACAUUUUGUAACCACGGAGGGAAGAGGUACGGCUUGGGAAAAGGCCGUCGAGAACAACAUCCCCGUGGUACGGCCAGAGUGGGUAGAUGCGUGCGAGAAGAAUGGCCGCAUUCUAGGUGUCACCAAGUUCUAUCUGGAUGCAAUGAGACCAGGGCCUCCUAGCGACGACACGACCUCACCUCCGCCGGUCCCUGUAAAAGACGAGGCCGCCGCCGCCGCCGCCGCCCCCGAGGCCACGCAGACGGAAGAGGCGACGAAGAAUGGGGACGGGCCAGACGAGCCGGCGGCAGAAGCCCAAGAGGCGGCCGAGAAAGAAGCAGAGGGGGAGCCCGAGCAAAAGUCCAAGUCGCCGUCGCAAGUUGAAGGGCAAAAGAUGAGACGCGAGGACAUGGACGAGCAAAAAAUUGCCCUGCGCCCAAGCGCCUCGAACCAGGAAGGCGACGCGGCCGAAGAGCACGGGGGUGACCAAGAUGAAGGCAGAGACGCGGAGGGGAAGCCAUCCGGCACACCGGACGGCGCGUCGUUUCAGGAAGUGGAAUUGUAG